UCGGUUAUCGCGAGAGUUGUUUGCUAAGCGCAGGACAGGAGCUGAAUUCAAAUUUUGACGGGCAGUUGCUCCAGAACCGAGGGAAUCGGUUUUAAAAAAGACAGAAGAUGUCCGCUGCAGUGGACUCUGAAGUCCAGCGCCUGCGCUGCAAGCUGAAGGAGGCGGAGGAGUCCCUGCAGAAGGCAGCCCAGUAUGGCCUGCAGCUGCUGGACGAUCAGCUGGAUCUGCAGAACCGCUUGGAGGAGCAGCGCACGGAGAUGACGAACUCCAUAGAGGCUCUGGAGCAGGAGAAGUACUCCUUGCAGAGAGAGCUCGAGCUGAGGGGCCGCAUGCUGGACAGUCUGAGGUCAGAGUGCGAAUCCAUCAAAACGCAGCAGAAGAUGUUGUGGGUGCAACAGGAGGCCCAGCUGGAGAGGAGCUACACCCUGGAGAUCGGUGAAUACAAGAACAAGCUGGAGAAGAUGAAGGCCGAGCUGGACGAGGCGCGGCUCUCUGAGAGGCAGCUGAGACACAAGCUGGAGCUGCAGGCGGAGGCUCUGAGCAGCAAGACCGAGGAGCUGAGGAUGAUGGCGGAGCGCUCCCAGGAGACACUGUCCUCGGAGAUGAUGGAGCUGCAGAUGGAGAAGGCCGAGUUAGAGACCGCCAAGGCUGCACUGGAGCACGAGCUCAAUGAAAUGAGCUACCGAGAGCAGCAGCUCCAGCUGGCCGGCAGCCAUCUCCAGCGCACGGUGGAGCGCCUGACCCGGGAGAAGGAGGAUUGCGAGAAGGAAGUCGUCUCUCACUUUAACGCCUUGGAGAACGCUUAUCCUGUCUUAGCUCCAGGGGUAGACGGCUGUAGCAGAUCAGGGCAAAGCUUUUUGUGUCCCUGCCUGUGGGGGCUAACCGCCGUCCUGCUGUCUUUCCGCGGGCAGGUCCAGAUUGCCACGCUGAUGCAGAUGAAGGGCUGCCAGGCAGACCCAGGGCAGCUGGAGCGCCUGCAGUCCAUGCUGGCCCAGAAGAACAACGAAAUCGAGGCGCUGAUGAUCAAGCUGCGUCGCCUGGAGAGGGCAGAGAUGACCAUAAAGGCUGAGCCAUCCAGCGCACCCUCUGGAGAAGGAGAUAGCGGUGACAUGACGUACUACACUGACCUCCUUAAAAUGCAGCUUUCAAACUCCGUGAAGGAAGCCGAGCGGCUGGGGGAGGAGCUGUCUGUGCAGAGGAUGAAGGCGCUGGCGGAGAGUCAGAGGGUGCUGGAGGUGGAGAGGAGGCUCUUCAGCAGCGAGAGGACCCUCAGGCUGUGCCAGAGCGAGAACAUCAGGCUGCAGGUCCAGCUGGACGAGCUCAGGAUGAAAUACCAACCCAAUGCGGUGAACAAGAGCCAGGUGGCGAAGCGCCGGCGCGAGAAGCUGCCAGUGGACGUCCCGGCCGAGGCCGACGCCCCCGAGCCGAAGGGGGAGGAGCAGAGCGCGGCGGGCGCGAAGGAGGGGCCGGCUCCGGCAGAGCGGCUGGCCCCCGGCCCCCUGCAGCAGGUCCCCGCGCGCAUCGGCGAGGAGCCCCCCAGGUCUCCCCCAUCCGGCACCACUGUCAAGGCAGAGGAGGUGGAUGCAGGAGCCGAGAACAGGAGGGAAGAGAGGAAGAAGGAGAUGAGGCCUCAGCCUGUCAUCCAUGUGUCCUCCAAGCCCACCCUGGAGAAUCAGUGUGCCCAGCAGUAGGGAGAGGGUCAGCGCUGCUACACAGAGCGCCAGGCACACUCCACCUUGCCUUCCUGCUGGGGUUUUUUUAGAAUAAAAUGUUUUAGAAUAAUUCAAUAAAACUUUAUUCAACUUUUCACAAAA